AUGAACUUCGUGAAACAAUUCGUCGACAAGAGAUCUAGACUCUGCCCGGGCACUGCCUCUAGCUUGCCGAUCGUACGGCUGAGUUGGAGGACGACCUACGACGAAACGACGAAUGCCGAGACGACUGCAGAUCUGAGAUCGACUUCGGAGUCCGUUCCGUCUGGCGAGUCCGAGCCCGACAUCUGGAGACAGUUCCGAUCAUCCUUCGACAUCCCAAGUCAGCAAGCUCGUCCAGCACACCAACGAUUGCAAGAACCUCUCGGUCGUGAUGCCCUCGAAUCCGUGGACUUCAUUGAGACUCUAGCAGCCUGUCCUUCCUGGCUCGUCUGCACAUAUCGUACACAACUCGGCGGAUGUCCUCCAGCACGGGGUCAAGAGCUGGACCCUCAGCCGCUCCGGGACGUCAACCAGACGAUGACCUUGUUCAAGACGGCGAUGUUGAGAUCAAGAACGCGUGCUGGACGUGUCGUGGGGACAAAGUCAAACUACGACGUUCCAGAAGAGAACAUGACCAAGAUGCAGCACCUCCGCACGAAGAUCUCCGAUGCCGAAAAACGCCUGGAGUUGGUCAACACCAUCUUCGAUAUUCUCCAAAAGGGAUCUGAUGAGGCGGCUGCUGAGGCCCUGGCUCGCCUGCGCAUCGGUCAAAGUGUCGAUGAGGUCGUCAAUUACAUGGUGGCAGCACGGGCCAAUGAUCAGACUGGUUCGAGUCUGGAGUCGCCGGAGACCACAGCAUCUGGCUGA